GGCGUUAGGACUCUGCGGGAAACCAUCAACACAGCCUAGCUACACAGCCGAGUGACGACGUGCUAACUAGCUAGCUAGCUAGCCGGUCGCUUGCCCAACUCGGCAGGAGGAUUCCCCCCAUAUGCCUAAGUAUUAAUAACCCGGCGUUGGUGUUUACUUUUAUUUUCUGUUCACCACCCGGGCUGUUUAACUAUGCCGAGUAAAAAGAAGAAAUAUAACGCCAGGUUCCCUCCGGCAAGAAUUAAGAAGAUUAUGCAAACAGACGAAGAAAUUGGCAAAGUGGCUGCAGCAGUACCUGUUAUUAUUUCGAGAGCCCUGGAGCUUUUCCUAGAGUCACUGCUGACAAAGGCCUGUCAUGUCACCCAGUCCAAGAACGCAAAGACGAUGACGACGUCUCACUUGAAGCAGUGCAUCGAACUGGAGCAGCAGUUUGAUUUCUUGAAAGACCUGGUGGCAACUGUGCCCGACAUGCAGGGAGAGGGGGACGAAAACCACGCCGAGGCAGCGGGCGACAAAGUCUCACGCCGUGGUCGAAAGCCUGGGUCUGGUCACAAAAACGGUGGAUCGGGAUCCAAGGGCAAGGACAAGAAGCUGUCCGGCACCGAGUCGGAGCAGGAGGAGGACUCUGAGGACAGCGAGACAGACGGUGAUGAAGAGGAUGGCUCUCAGUCGAGCACAAAUCUGCAAGCUGCAUCCAAGUUCCACAGCACCAACAACCCCCAGCACAUGCACAUGGGCAUCAUGGCGCCUGCCCAGCCCCACGGCCCAGUGGCUUUCGCCCCACACCCCUCCAUGGUGAGCACGGCUCCGCCCCCACCCGCCUCUGCGCCGCCGAAAAGUGAGGACUACGACGAUGAAGACUAUGACUCUUAGCCAACCUCGACACAUAACUGCCCCCCCGCUCCUCCAUUUGAGUUUACUGGAGAAAAAGACUUCAUCAAGAGGCCACUGCAGGAAAAAAACAAACUGGUUGUACAUUACAUGUAUUUUCUUUUUAAAUACAGCUUUUAUUUAAUUCUAGAGGAGAAUAUUUUUAAGAAGUUUAGUUCCAAUUAUCAGACAGCAUAGGUGUGGUUUGUGUUGCUUUCUAUAUUUUCUUUUCGACACUUUGGUGCAGGUAAUGAUAACAUACUCGACUGUCAUUGGCUCUCAUUUUAAUAGGCUUUUAAAUUAUAAAAUGCUGCUCAGCCAACGCAUCAUCAGUGCUAAGUUUGUUUUUAAAGUCGUUAUUUCCACCCUCCUUUCUCCUUUUCUUCUGUGUUGUAGUUUUGACCCCGACCCCGCCCUCGCUCCCCUUUUUUAAGAUUAUUUUUAAUGUGAAAGCGAACAUGGUAUGUUUCCAAAUAUGCAGUCGAAGCUGCAUUGUAAACUUUUUAUCGUUCUUUUUAUUUUGUGUGGGUGAAAUAAAAGAAAAUCCUAUUUCAAUGUGUU